GUCCCCCCGCCCCGUCCGGGCGGCGGCGGGCGGGGAGCAAAGGUUGGUGUCUUGGCACUCGCGCCCCGACCGUCGCCGGAGGGGCCGCGGCAUCAUGACGGUGGGAGCCAGGCUCCGAAGCAAGGCGGCCAGUAGCCUGUCGCGCCGCGGCCCCCGGGGGCGAGGGGGCACGGAGGGGGACGAGGAGGCGAGCGCCAUCCUGGAGCACCUGGAGCUGGGGGACGAGGCGACCGAGAGCGCAGCGAGCGCGGAGCGCCCCGCGGCCCGGAGCGCGCGGCGGGUGCACCUGGCCGUCCUCCCCGAGCGCUACGAGCCGCUGGAGGAGCCGGCGCGGGCCGACAAGCCCAAGAGGAGGUACCGGCAGAAACUGAAGAAGUACGGCAAGAAUGUUGGGAAGGUCAUCACCAAAGGAUGCCGCUACGUGGUCAUCGGCCUGCAGGGUUUCGCCGCGGCUUACUCUGCCCCCUUUGGAGUGGCUACCAGCGUGGUGUCGUUUGUCCGCUAGUGGGAGCCGCUGCGGCUCGAGAGCAAUGGAGGCCCCUGCUCCCGGAGCCAUGCAAAUCCAGAAGCACUCUAGAUUUGAACCCACAGAAGAAAAAAAAAGGCCUUUCUCUGUUGAACUGGAUGAGUGUUAUGAACGGGACACCCUUUCCCAUCUGCUGAGCUUUUCAUGUUUCUUGGACACGGUGGCUCUGUUGGGCAAUCCCACAGAAAAUGAGCUGGGAUUAGGUUUGGGAUUAGAGUUCGUUUGCUAAAACUGGAACCUUCCCAUGAAGGUGGCAGGGGACUGGCAUGGAAUCAAACCUUUAACACACAUGAGCACGCGGGGUGGCAAGCGGAGUGGGGAUUAUGGAGACGGAGGGAGGGAAAAUACAGGAGUGAAAUCAUUUGCUACAUUCUUCUGGAAAAGUCAUAGGCCGCGCGACCUUUCAGGCACUCACAGCCCUUGGUGACUUGGGUUCUGAGGGCACCAAAGGAGCGGCUGGUUUCUGAAGUCGUGUCCCCCACCUCCUUCCUUCCCCCACCCCUUUGUCACCAGGCGUUUAAUUACAGGCUUGAGAAGAAGGAAGGAAGAAAAGUCUCUUUGAAGGCUGUGACACUUUGAAACUGUGUUCCCAGUGUGUCGUGACUGUUUAAAGUAGAUAAAAGCUUGUCACCGUCACCCUUCUCUGACAUGAACGUGCAGCCAGGGAAAGAAAUGGCAAGUGAAGGUGCAGGCUGGGUGGGUGGAAAGGAUCCAGUGAGGGGGUGCUCCUGAGGGCUCAUGUCCGGCCCAGUCCGGCCCAGCCACGUGUGACUGGCUGGCCAGACUCACCCACACACAUGUGACUGGCUGAGGUCGUGGGCCUCCUGCCUCAGAUGCCAGCAACAUCAGCUCCACAUCUCUACGCCAAGCCAACCAAGGCUCGGGGGAGAGGGAGACGCUACACCUGGAAAUGGAAGUGUGUGAUUUAGGGGAGGAACCAGUAAGUAGGAGACAGGUCCAAAGGAAGUAGGAACAAGACAAAAGGGUACUGGAUAAGAGAAGUGGAAGUGUAGGAUCGAGUCCUGGGUUGUCAGCGUUGGGAAAUCUUAGGUGGGCCAGGCCUCUGGCUCUAGGUAGGGACUCAGGGAAGGUGGGUGGCCAGAGGUGCCGUGGCUGGUGCGUGAAACCCUUCUGAGGCCCAUGAGCUCACUUUGGCUGGCUUUGCGGCCUCCUUUCCACUUUUGUGCUGCCCAUUUUGACCUCAUCUCACCUGGGUCCAAAGGUUAGGGUGAGACAGGCAUGGUCCUGACACUCCCCCAGGACGACCCACGGACUGCCAUUGGACCGUUGGACAGGGAGAUGAAAGAAAGAAGGGUCCCUCUUGCCAUGCCCUCUGCCAGCUCCCAGGAUUGGCCACUGUUCUGACUUUGUUUCUAGACUAUCCAGAAGUUCAAACCCGUUAUCUCUGAUCACGGUCAGUGGCAACGUCUACCUAUUGCCCCUGGAAGUUUCUUCAGGCCAUGCAAAGGAGGCCUUCAUGGUCAUGCUUCACUGAUGGUCAAGCCCCCACCAGAUGGCACUGGGAAGUGGAGAUGGUGGGAAGACAGACGGACAGAGAAAGGAACGGGUGGAGGAGGAAGUUGCAGCCAUGAUGCUAGACUCGGCUUCCUGCUCUGGAGGUUCUUGUUGAGAUGAACUUGGACCCAGUUCCUGCAGCAUUAAUAUCUGUGAGGAAAAGAGAAAACCCAUGUCCUCAUUUUAGCUCAAAUGAUGAACGUGGAUAGUGGCACGUUUUUCACACGUGUAAGAUAAUUAUAGCUUGCCUAUCCACCCUGGGAGUCGGAAAGAAGAGAUGUGAGUUGGAGAAAAAGCGAAGCACAGCUUCAUGGGAAAGUCAGGCUGGCUUGGCGUGCCGGUCAGAGGGAGGCAGCCUGUGGUGGGCCUGGAGGACGCCCCUCCCCGGUGGCCCAGGGAUGCUGAGUCUCUGGGGAAGUGGAAAUGUGAGCCCAGGGAGGGACAUGAGUGGCUGAGGCCUGUGGGACGAAAACCUUCCCCUCCCUGUCCCCUCCCUAUCGCCAAAUUAGCGAUACCCUCAGGCCAAGCACAUCUGGCCCUAAAAUUCUUGAAGUAUAGUUAAGAAUUAACCCAGGACUUGGGAAAGUCAAAACCUCACAGGGAUUGUCCUGGGAGCCAGGUUCAUGGAUUCAUGGGACAGAAGAUGAACUUCACCCUGUCAGCCGGAGUAGUCGUUUACUCCACAAUGGGGCACCCAUGUUGCAGAUGACCUUCUUGCCUUGUCUUUCUCGCCACCUUUUUUUUUUAAUUCUCACCCUACUGAGAAUUGAGCUUUAGAGGCUCUUCUUUACACGCUUGACUUUGAGGCUUCUUUUGUAUUCCUUCCUUGUCCUCUUGUGUAAAUAAAACCCCAAUUGGUUUAA